AAAAUGAAAGUUUAAUAUAUUUAACAAGUUCUUCUGGAAUUGGAGUUAAAGCUAGCGUCUCUCUAUCUUCUCUUUCUCUUUCAAUGCCACUCAAUUUGCAAGGGUACGUCAACACUUUAUUGACCCUGCAACUCCUACAUCACCUUAUCCUCUCGCAUUGAGCUCCUCCAUCUGCAGCCAUGGAUGCAGCAUCAGCAGCAGCUUCAUCACUGAAAACCGUUAAGGCCCUCACAAUUUCAACCACCCAAAAAAUUAGUAACCCAACUGCCUUAAUCCCUCCAUGGCUCUCAACGAAACCCAACAUCCUCACUCUUUAUGCCUCAAACUCCGGCCCCAGAAACAGUGUUCUCCGCCUCACCCGCUGCUCCACAAAACCGGACACCAACACAGACAAUGAAACAGACCAAAAUUCGACCAUUGAACCCGACUCAAAUUCAAAAACCCUGAAACCUUCAUCACCCAUUGCAGAUGAAUCACUUUCUUCUUUAUCACCAUUAUCUUCAUCAGCAUCUUCUUCUUCUUCUAGAGGGUUGGUGUUUGGUUUGGGUCCCGCAAACUCAUGGGACAGUGCAGAAAUUGGGUCACCAGUUGUGAAAAGGUUCCUCAGUGAUGAGGAGGAGAGAUGGUACAUGUGGUACUAUGGAAGGUCUAAUGGAAACCCGGCUUCCGAUUCGAUAGGCUUAGCGGUUUCGAGAAAUGGAAUUCACUGGGAGAGAGGCGGAGGAGCUAUUGGAUCGAGCGGAGAGGCGGGUUCCGUGAUGAAUUGUAGCAAGGAUUGGUGGGCGUUUGAUACUGAAAAUAUUAGGCCUUGUGAGGUGGUGGUCAUGUCCAGUACUAAGGUUAGAACUUCCAGUGCUGUUUACUGGCUUUACUACACCGGAUACAGUUCUGAGAAGGCAGAGUUUUCUGAUAAUACUUUGAAAUUCAAUUUGAAAAACCCAGAAAGGUUUUGCAUUGGUGAAAAUGAUGGAGUAGAGAAGAUUUCAAAGUCUUUGCCCGGCUUGGCAAUUAGUCAGGAUGGGAGGCACUGGGCUAGAAUUGAAGGUGAGCAUCACAGUGGAGCUCUGUUUGAUGUGGGGUCUGAAAGAGAGUGGGAUAAUUCGUUUAUUGCAGCCCCGCAGGUUGUGUUUCAUGGAAGUGGUGAUCUUAGAAUGUAUUACCAUUCGUUUGAUCUGGAAAAUGGGGAAUUUGGUAUUGGAAUUGCGAGGUCGAGGGAUGGGAUUAGGUGGGUGAAGAUGGGGAAGAUAAUGGGAGGAGGAGGAAGCGGUUCUUUUGACGAGCUUGGGGUGAUGAAUGCUCGUGUAGUCAGAAACCGGAAGGAUGGAAAGUAUGUGUUGGCAUAUGAAGGUGUUGCUGGUGAUGGGGGGAGGAGUAUUGGGUUGGCUGUGUCUUCAACUGGUUUGAAGGAUUGGCGGAGGCUUCAAGAUGAGGCGGCGGCUCUAAUGGCGUCGGUGGAAGAUGGAUGGGACAAUCAAGGAGUGGGAUCCCCGUGCCUUGUUCAAAUGGAUGGGGAUGUAGAUGAGUGGAGGUUGUAUUAUAGAGGAGUUGGAAAUGGGGGAAGAAUUGGGAUUGGCAUGGCAGUUUCUCAAGGAAGCGAUAUUACAAGUUUUAGAAGAUGGACCGGAUUUCAUUUAUAAGAUUGGUAUAAUUUCAUAUUUAUAUUUAUCUCAUUAUCAUUCUAAUUGCAA